GUCCCGCCUCCUUCCUCCUCCUGGUCCCCGCUUCCGGGGCACCGGGAGGCGCCAUGACGGGCCGCGGGGCUCCCAGCCGCUUCUUGGCGGCCGUGCUGGGCAGCGGCCUGGGCCGCUCCGUGCGGCAGCUGCAGCGCCUGCAGCUCGUCUUCAGCCCCGCCGCGCCCGACGCCCGCGGGGCCAGGCAGUUCGUGGAGGAGGCGGCGGCGGAGUUCGCCCGGAGGCACCCCGAGGUGGUGCUGUACGUGCGGCCCGGCGGGGGGCCCGCGCCCGUGCUGCUGGCGGAGUACCUGAACGGGACGGUGCGGGAGGAGCUCAUCGCCAACAAGACGAGCGAGGAGAUCGCCCAGCUCGCCACCAAGCUGGCCUGCCAGUCCGGUCUGGGCAUCAUGCGCAUCCGCAAGCCCUUCCACACCGAUAACCCCAGCGUGCAGGGCCAGUGGCACCCGCUCACCAACAAGCCCCCUGCCCUCCUCGUGCGGGGUCCCCGCCUGACACCCCCCCAAUAAAGCCUUGAUCCCCCCC